CUGUUUAUUUCACUGGUGACAAUUUUUUCCUGGGGAACGAUCACUCUGCUCUUGCUGCAAUAUCGACAGGAAUUCAUGCUAUGACCAACUCAUCCAUAACGUUUACAAAUAACAUGGGUCGACAUGGUGGAGCCAUCGCAUUACUUGGUGCAGCAUUCAUUGAAACACAUCCUCUGAGUAAACUGGUGUUUGUCAAUAACUCAGCGUUGAUUGCAGGUGGAGCAAUCUAUGAAACUUCAAUCGGUGAGCAUGAUCUCAUUAACUCAAGAAACUGCUUCAUUAGAUAUUUCAACAUCUCUGUCACACCGGAUCAAUGGAACUCGUCCUUUUUCUUCUCAGGAAACCGCGCAAAUAAACGCAAUGAAUCCAUCUUUGCAACUUCUCUCCUAAUUUGCCAGUGGGGAGGCUCCUUUGGAAAUGCAUCUGAUGAUUUCUCAAAAGUUUUCUGUUGGUCGAAAAAUUGGGAUUAUGGUGAUGGGAACUGCACUAUGGAAAUUCGUACAUCACCGGCCGUAUUUGAGUCAAUGAAUAACUUUACAAUUGAUACGUUUCCCGGAGAGCGCCGCUCAAUGCAUCUAAAAAUGUUGGACGACCGCAGGACUGAUGUGACAGGCUCAAGUGUUUUUCUUGCCAAGUCCCUUUCAGAAGGCACAAUAGAAGUUGACUCCAGCACCAAGUACAUUUCUGACAACCACAUUGAGCUGCAUACAAGGAAUGGCCGUGAGAACAACGGAAAAAUUCUACUGGAAACAAUCGAUCCACGGGUAGUUCAUGUCAUAAUGAAUGUCACUGUUUUCCCAUGUCCCCCGGGAAUGGUAACAGUGGGUGAUGAACCUUCUUGUCAGUGCAGGGGUAGUUUUAACGGAAUACUUGAAUGCAAUGCAAUUGAUUUCCACACCAAAAUUCAGCGGGGAAACUGGAUUGGCUUGUACACUUAUCAUAAUGUUUCAAAAGUGGUUGCUAGUAGCACCCCUUACUUUGACUCUACUUCAAACAAUCUUUUCAUUAAACUUCCACGGAGAACGGAUGAAUUGGAUAAAACACUAACACUCUGUGGAGAAGUUAACAGG